GCUCUCAGCGCGGCCCACGCUGCUAUAAAAGGGGUUUCAGGUCCCAUACGACUUCCAAAUGCAGAGCGAACCCUCAGAGCCCGCUCUCCCACUUACCUAACUCGGUCUCAGCCAAUCCAGAACGCCUGAGGGCAGUUAGCUGCUGGCUUCCUUAAAGGUGAGCCGAGACGCUCAGACUUGACUUGUCCAUUGGGUCCAGUGCUAGCACGCAGGGGACAGAGUAAAGCGAAGUGGGACCUGGACUCGGAGGCCAGUGAUCGCUCUCCCCGCUGGAACACACCCAGCUCAGCCGGGCUGCAGCAUGACUCUGUGGGAUGGUGUGCUGCCCUUCUACCCUCAGCCCCGGCAUGCCGCCGGCCUGAGCAUCCCGCUACUCAUCGUCAUUCUCGUUUUCUUGGUCUUGGCCGCCAGCUUCUUGCUCAUCUUACCCGGGAUUCGUGGCCACUCGCGGUGGUUCUGGUUGGUGAGAGUUCUUCUCAGCCUGUUCAUAGGAGCAGAAAUUGUGGCGGCGCACUUCAGCGCAGAAUGGUCGGUCGGCAGCGUUAGCACCAAAACAUCCUACAAGGCCUUCAGUGUGGAACGCGUCCGAGCCCACGUCGGUCUGCAUGUGGGCCUGGAGGGCGUUAAUAUCACACUCACAGGGACCCCAGUGCAGCAGCUGAACGAGACCAUCGACUACAACGAGCAGUUCAUCUGGCGGGUGGGCCAAAACUAUGCCGGGGCGUACGCGGAGGCCCUGGAGAAGGGGCUGCCGUACCCAGUUCUUUACCUGGCGGAGAAGUUCACUCCGAGCAGCCCCUGCGGCGUUUACCGCCAAUACCGUCUGGCGGGACACUACGCCUCGGCCACUCUAUGGGUGGCCUUCUGCUUCUGGCUCCUCUCCAACAUGCUGCUCUCCAUGCCGGUUCCGCACUACGGAGGCCUGGCUCUCCUAAUCACCGGCGCCUUCGCGCUCUUCUCGGUGUUCGCUUUCGCCUCUAUCUCCAGCGUGCCUCUCUGCCAGCUCCGCCUCGGCUCCUCCGAGCUCACCACUCACUAUGGCGCAGCCUUUUGGAUCACGCUGGCCACUGGCGUCCUGUGCCUUCUCCUCGGAGCCGCUGUGUUGAGUCUGCACUACGCUCGGCCCAGCGCUCUUCGCCUCUUCUUGGAAGGAAGCGUCAAGGACCUCGAAAGUCCGACGAAGGGGAGCUCGCCUCUCAUCCUCAGCAACCCACUGCAUAAGCAGUUCAGGGCCUCGGACUUAACCAUCAGUACUAACCUGUGAAAGUACUCAACGUCGGACUCCUACUCUGCCUUGGUCCGCGCAGGCCGGGGUGCGGUGCCCGCCGAGCGGAGUAGCUCCGGGAGCGCGGUGGGAGAGGCCGGUGGCCUCAGAUGUGACCCCCGCUUCGGGGAAAGAAUCUCCCAGGGUGAGCUGGAAAUAAAUUCUUUCUGUUUUUGUUU